UUGCGAGCUCAGGAGUCAGGGGUAGCCGGUGAAUUCAGCCUUUGGACUGAACACAUCAUAUUUGACUUAAUGAAAUAAAGAACAGGCUCCACGGAUAUUCAUGAGGAUUUAAAAACACAGUCAGUUUUAAAAAACUCUGGAUCCCAGUAUGUGUCAGCGGGUCAAUGAUGUCAUGAGGCUGUGUUGUGAGUUAUCUGCCAAUCAGCAGAUCCAGACCACGGUGAGGGGCUCGGGGAAGGGGGCAGCAGCGGCCGGGGGACUGGCCUUCGCCGGGGGGCUGGUCGGGGGUCCUCUGGGUAUUGCAGUGGGCGGCGCUGUCGGAGGCCUCCUGGGCUGCUGGCUGACCAGUGGAAAGUUCAAGCCGCUGCCUCAGAUCCUCAUUGAGCUCAGUCCCCAGCAGCAGCAGAAGCUCUACGAGGACCUGAUGGUCGUGCUGGGAGACGUCCAGUGGACGGACAUGGUGCAGCUCUCCGCUCUGGUGAUGGGCAACGCCGCCCUGAAGCAGCAGCUGACAGCCGCCCUGCUGGGAUACGUUACCAAGGAGCUGCAGGGCGAGGUGCACUACGUGGACUAGUGUCUGUGGAACACACCGGGCGACAUGACUCAGAGGCCUCAGAGCUCAAGAGGAGAAAGACUUGAGAAAGAAUGUGAACUGAUUUUAUGAAGCUGGAGAAACAUGUGAAAUCCUGGUAACACUGGUUAAAAAACCGGUAAGCACAUUAUAACCUUGUGCCAAUGGAUUCCUCUCAAACUUGGUGAAAAGACAAGAACCCAAUACAUUUUAGCACAAUCCCGGAAAAAAUGCGCAGAUAAAGGUUUUCUUCGUCUUUGAACCUUUCAUCAAUUUCCAUAGGAAUAAUUAAUCGGUCUUAAUUUUUGUUUAAAUCAAGCACAUUUAAUUUAUUGAUAUUUAUGACUCUGUGCCAUUUUUUGUAGCUAGAUUGGUUUCAAUGGGACUGUUGGGCCUUCCUGUUGGUAUAUACACUCUACUGAGUGGGAUUCUGGUUAUACAUUCAAACUGUUGUUUACGAGAGUAAACAUAUCAUUUGCAGGAAUCAUUAAUUAAUUAAGCGUGUAAUGGUUCUGAUGUUAAAAGUGACUCUGAUUGAAGGUCUGACCACAUCAGCCUGACUGCAGCUACACUGAAGCACAGUUCUCAGAAAUACAGGUACAGCCCACUGUCGUAUUUAAAUGCAAUGAUCAUGUACAAAGUGACUGUACAGUGAGACAUGUUUUUUUGUUUGAUGUGCAUUACUCAAGUACAAGUGAAUAUUUAUUUUUUACUUUGUGUACAGUAUAUUAUAUUGCCAUCACCUCAAGUCAAAUAAUGAAAUGCUUUCAUCAAUAAAAGCAAAGAAGAAAUUGAAUUGAUCGAUUUCACAGGUUAAUGCUUACACUGUAAAUACACUUACACUGCUAUGGUCAUCACUAGUGUAACCUGGUCAGUUCGAGACAAACCCAAUAAAAGGGAAAAAUCUCA